CAAACGUUUGCACGCUGAUCGAGCGAUUCAGUACUUUCUUGAUCGGCGAUCUGUGUAUACAUACCUAAGUGCUUAAUUCGGUUAAGCGACUUCGCGAUCAUUGAUUAAUCUGUGGUAUUCGACAUCCAUUCUCGUUGUUCGCUGAUUGUUCGCGAUACGAUACGUAGAAGACGAUACAACGCAAUGUCGCUGCUGCCAUAUGCCAUGACCGUAGUAUCAGUUGCAUUGUGGCUGUUCACCCUGAUAGGCAGUAUGGCUGCGGAAUGUGGAAUUCAACAACUUCCAGGUCCUCUCUCCUACUUAGGUGAGGGUCCAGUUUGGGAUGUAGACAGCCAAAGUCUGUAUUACGUAGAUAUCAACGGAGCUGAAAUUCUUCGGUACGACUAUGUUGAAAACAAAACGUACAGUGCAAAAAUUGAUGGAGUCGACCCGAUUUCUCCUAUUAUCCUGGUCCAGGGGAAGCCCAGUGAAUACGUAUUAGGCACGGGCAACAAAAUUGUCCUCGUCAGCUGGGACGGCCGAUCGGAUAAAGGAACGCUUCUGAAAACCCUGUAUGAUUUGGGCGACUCUCAGAAACAUGUGCGCUUCAACGAUGGUAAGGUCGAUCCUCAGGGCCGCUUGUACGCCGGCACAAUGCAACUGGAAAGCCUUGGUGAUAUCAUGCAACAGAAAGAAGGCAAACUGUACCGAUUCGAUGGUAAGGCCGGAGGGAAGUUUCAUCAACUGAAAGCUGGUAUCAGCAUUUCCAACGGUUUAACAUGGCCGGAGAAAAGUAACAAAUUCUACUACAUUGACUCCGCUGCUUUGAACAUAAAGGAGUUUGAUGUACUGGAGAAUGGAGAUUUGCAGAAUGAAACCGUUUUCUACGAUCUACAAGUGGGAGGCAAAAACUCGGGAUUUGUGGCCGACGGCAUGACCCACGAUACUGAUGGCAAUUUGUACGUUGCUACAUGGGGCGGUUCAAAACUAUUGAAGAUUAAUCUGAAGACGAAAAAAAUCGAACAGGAGAUUGCAAUUCCGGCUAAACAAGUUACUUCCGCAGCCUUCGGUGGCCCAAACAUGGACGAACUGUUCGUUACAACUGCCCACACUGGCAACCAGGAUCCGCCAGCCGGAGCUCUUUUCAAAAUCACUGGAUUAGGUGCCAGAGGAAAACCAAUGGACAAAAUGAUAUUAACGAAUUGAGUUAGACAAGUUUCCGGUAAUGAAAUAAUUACUGUUCAAAAUCAGAUUAAUCUUUCGUUCUCACUCUCAAACAUGUUGUCAAAAUAAAUGAAUUUGCCGUUAAUUAUAA